AUGACCAUGACAACCCCAUCAUCAUCUUCUUCUUCUUCUUCUACCGCCUCCUGCACUAUCGUCUACUCGACUCAGACAGGUCGAGCCAGAGCUUGUGCUCGUCGCACGGCUCGUAUCCUGCGCGAAAAGACCCAGUUGACCCUGCUCGGUGGAACACCCUUUGACGAAUUGGUUCCUUCCUUUCUCGACUAUCCACAUGGCCAACAACAACAACAACAAAAUCACUUCUUUCUCUUGUUUGUCUCCACCACAGGAGAUGGUGUCCAUUGCGAUUCCAUCGCCCAAACAUGGAAGUCACUCUUGAAAAAGUCACUUUCUUCCAACAAGUUACAAGGCGUCCAAUUUGCAUUGUUUUGUCUGGGAGAUCGAGCGUAUGGACCGCAGUUUUGUGCGGCCGGACGAAAAUUGGCCGUCCGAUUGAUGCAAUUGGGGGCCACUUCUUGUUGUGAAGUGGGAUAUGGAGAUGACAAUACACCCAAUGGAGGAUGCUUUGCCGAUCUCGAUCGAUGGAUUCAACAGCAAUUAUUAUUGUCGUCAAUAAUAUUAUUGGAACAACCAAAUACUAGUACUGUCGCCGUCAUGACAAACAGCAAUACCACGGAUACAACCACAACAAGGGUCGAUACUUCGCACUACAAAGUGACGGUACUGCAAGAACAAACAAAAGAUGCCAUGGAUCAAUGGCAACAAGACUGGUGCCAAGAAUCUUAUCAGGCUUUUUUUGCACACCAGAGUCCAAUGACGGCAUACAGAUAUGAUUCACAGGCCAACAGCACCAACAACACACCACCACAGCAAAACAAGCCACUGAUUGCCCAGGUAGAAUCCAACACUCGAUUGACGGCACCCGAUUGGGAUCAGAAUACAAGACACAUUCGACUCCAGUUAACGGGCUAUAAUAAUAAUAAGAAGCAAACGACACCUACCGAACGACAGCUUCCCUAUCAAGCAGGAGAUAUUGCCACCAUUAUGCCCUGCAAUCCACCCACAGAAGUGGAACGAUUCAUUCAAACACUGCCCACGGCAUUGCAAACCAUUGCCGACAAGGUGCUGCAUCUCGACUACUACCAACAACAACAACAGCAACAACAAGCCAAUCUACUAGGAGAUGCCUUUCCCCACUGGCCGGCCCACUGCACCCUCCGUGGAUGGCUCACGUAUUGUGCCGACAUUCACGCCCCACCAGAACGAGAAGAUUUGCGGGCGAUUAGUCAAUUCUGCAGUCAUGAACAUGACAUGGGAGCCGCACAACGAGACAAGUUAUUGUCGUUGAGUGAAACGGCGGCGAGCGCGUUGUAUGUGGACUACAUUUUGCGGGAAAAGCGGUGUUGGACCGAUGUCUUGUACGACUUUGAUUCCUUGCGGCAUUUGGGGAGUGGAUUGACCGUGGAAGCCUUGUUGGCGAUUGUGCCACCCAUGCGGCCACGAGACUUUAGUAUUGCCAGUGCUCCCACCACGUCAACUAAACCAGAUGGCGACUUUGUCGUCGAGCUUUGCGUCGCAGUCGUCGAGGGGACUACACCGUUGGGACGGUCCUAUCAUGGACUCUGCUCGCACUAUCUAUCGACACUACUCCUCCAGGAUUCUACUACAGUGCUCCAAAUGUGGAUUCGACCGGGUUCGUUUCAUGGUCUGCCUCUCACGCCGUCCCAAAACGACACCACUUCCGAGAAGAGAAGGUGGUUUGAGAAUCCCGUCUUGUGCAUUGGUGCUGGGACAGGAGUGGCGCCACUCCGCGGUCUCAUCUUGGAACGGGAAGCUGUCCGAGCGGCGCAACAAAAGAGCGAUGUGGCUGAUUCCUCGACAAUAGCUCCUUUCGCCGCCACCACCAACGGCGAUGCCACAAACGAAACGCAGACACUCAACCAAUACGACAACCUACUCGUAUUUGGAUGUCGCAAACGAGACGCGGACUACUAUUACCAAAACGAAUGGACCCAGCUGCAGAAUAGGAUGGUGGUGAUUCCUGCCUUUAGUCGAGAACAGGCGCGAAAGGUCUACGUACAGCAGUUGAUCAAGCAGAAUGGUGAGGCCAUUGUCAGGCACAUUAUGGAAAACGAUGGGGCCAUUUACAUUGCUGGAGGUCCCAGUAUGGCACGGUACUCCAAAGAGGAGUUGAUAGACGCCACGGCGCGGGUCUUGCUGGACGGAGAUGAGAAAAAAGCCAAUCUACUAUUCAAAAAGAUGCAAGCCAGGGGUAGAUUCCGCGUAGAAGCAUGGAGCUGA